CCCGCACCCACGUCCCGGUGCUCUCCUAGUGAGGAGCUAAUCAGUGUAUGCAGCGAACGUCUCCCUACUCACAGCUGCAAGCAGCGCUACACGGGCUUGCAGUUCUCUGAGCGACCAUGUUCAGCACUGCCAAUCGGUUGCUGCGGGUUGCCACGACCUCUCCGGCUCGGAGCGAUGCAAGAGGAGACGGCGGGUUAGUCUCGCUUGCACUCGCUGGUGCCGUGCUCGCGGAGAUAGCCUUGUGCGGGAUUAUCAUCGCGCGUGUUGCAUACACAGAAAUCGACUGGGUGGCGUACAUGCAAGAAGUCAAGGGCUUUCUUGACGGAGAAAGGAAUUACCUGAACCUCCGGGGAGACACAGGUCCUCUCGUGUAUCCGGCGGGAUUUGUGUACGCCUACUCGUUGUUGUACUGGGUGACGGACCGCGGUGAAGACAUUUUCACCGCUCAAUACAUUUUCAUGGGCGUGUACGUGUCUCUCAUGGUGAUGGUGUUGUCCGUCUACCGCAAGGCGGGAAGCGGUGCGAUGCCUCUCUGGUCGAUUCUUCUCGUAUGCACAUCUAGGAGGUGCGAGUGCUACAUGCCUGGGAGCCAGCGAUGGCAGCUUCAGUUGGUCCAUUCCAUCUUCGUGCUCCGGCUGUUCAACGAUGGUGUGGCGAUGUGGCUCCUGUAUGGGGCGGUGUACCUCUUUCUCCUCAACAGGUGGCGUCUGGGCUGCGUGAGCUACAGCUUGGCCGUGGGCGUAAAGAUGAACAUUCUGCUCUUCGCGCCAGGGUUGCUGCUGCUCCUUGUGCAGGCGAACGGGGUUGGGGGCGCCGCGGUUUGCCUUUCCAUUUGCGCCGUGGUGCAGCUUCUCCUUGGAGCACCGUUCCUGCUGCAUCACCCCGUGGCAUACCUGUCCCGGUCGUUCGAGCUCGGCCGCGUCUUCAAGUUUGAGUGGACUGUUAACUUCAAGUUCGUGACGGAGGAAGCUUUCGUGAGCCCCGGACUGUCGAUAACUCUGCUCAUCCUCACCCUAGUAGCGCUGGCCCUCUUUGCAUCAAAGUGGUUGCGGUCCGCGCGAGAAGUCAAAGCCUUCUCGGCCAGCAAUCUGCGUGCCGGAGAGGGAGGGGGUGGGGCUACUGGGGGCACCGUGAAUGCGCGUCUCCACCCGGAGUACGUCGUCAAGACUCUCUUCGUGUCAAACUUCAUCGGGAUCGUGUUCUGCCGUAGCCUGCACUAUCAGUUCUACUCGUGGUACUUCCACACGCUCCCUUUUCUCCUGUGGCAAACGGGUCUCCCGGUGGCCCUUCGCCUGGUGGUGCUCUGGGGUGUGGAGUUCGGCUUCAAUGUCUUCCCCGCUACCGCGUUGUCUUCUGGUGUGCUACAGGUGUGCCACCUCGCGAUCCUUGCUAGCCUCUGGGUCUCACCGGUUGUCGUGAAGAGAAAAGCCGCGACACCUGCUGCGGCCAAGCACCGAUGACCGUACAGUACACGCGGGGAAGGGAUGCGUCGCAGACUACUUCCUCUCUCCGAAGUAAUGACAUGCAGCGAGGGCACCGUUCACGCGACGGGAGGAGUGAUUGGAAGAGCGAAACAUAUCUGUUGAGGUACUGCCGUUGUGCGUCGUUGGAGUUGUUGGUUGAUGGUUACUCGGGGGGAGGUUCGUGAGUCAUGUUUUUUCCUCGCUUGUGAGCUCAACCAGACGCAAGACAUUUUGCAGAGGGGCAUGCCUAACGUUGAUUUUUACCCUAAGAGAAACAGCAUACCGGUUUUAUUACGUUUGCCAAAUGUGUGAACCCCGGCUGAUGCGUCAGGUUUGUUGUUGUUGUUUCCCACAUUAGCUCUAUAGUCC